GAGCAAACCAUUGUGUUGAUCUGAUCCAGGGCAUACAUACACCAUGCAAGCAAGUGAGGUCCAAUCUCUCUCAUGUGCGCCAUGCCACACGACAGCCACACAACAGGCCGGCCGACUAGGAGCCAGCCACGCAGCCCCGAUCAUCCAGUCGCUCCCUCACUGGUCGGCCUGUCGCUGCUCCCUGUUGGCCUGCACCCACACACCACACCAAUGGCAGCUCUAUCAAUUGCCCUCCUCAACACACACACAUGCAUACCCCCCGCACCUUGAGGACUCGUUUGAUUUCCUCCUGCUUGAUGCGCUCCGUCUGCAGCGCCCGAGACAACUCUCGCUCGGCCAACUCACUCUGAUGAUAAACGCAGAACCAUGACCACAGCACACAGCAAUGCGACCACCUCCCUCCCUCUCUAUGUGUGGUUGGCCCCACCGACCUGUCUCUUCUCGAGCCCUCUCAUCUGCAUGUCGCGGGCACGCUGCACCUGGUGGAAAUCCUACACACACAGAGAGAGACAGGCAGACACACAGACAGGCGCAGAAAAGGAGUGGUCAAGGGAUGCGUGUGAGUGCCUGCGCUGACCAUUUGUCUGAAGAGCUCUUCGGCGUGUCUGUCUCUCAGCUGCUUCUCCGUCCGCUGCCUCUCCUCCUCUAUCGCUGCCAAACGACGCGCCUCAGCCUCCAUGAAACCGCGCUCUACGUGUACGAAAAAGAGUAUGUUUACACGAGCUCGUGGGCCCCAUGGUUGGUCGUAGAUACCAUUGUGAAUGUCUUGUUUGAUUUGGUCUCUAGCGGCGGUCUUGUCGCAGACCUGCUGUGCGCGCCCCUCGAAGACCUGCCGCAGCAGCUCGUUGCGCCGGGCCUUGUCGAGGUCCCACUGCUGCUGACGCUUCUCCCACUGGAUAGAUACAUCAUGAGAUAAACGCACACACAGGGGACAUAGAGCGAUGUGUGUGAUGAAGGGGCAUGUUUCUUAUGUGUGUAGGUAGGUACCUGUCUUUCCGAUUCUUCCUCCUGCAUACGGAUGAGCACCUCCUCGCUCUCGGCUUUCUGGCCACAUACAUUCACCACCCACAGGCGGCAGAUAGAUCAGAGAGCUGGAAUGCUGUGUGACGCUCAGCCCACCCUCUGCAUGUCUUCGACGAGCGCUCUCCUGAACUCAUCGUUUUGCUGCUGUCUCAGCCGCCUCUCCUCCUUCUCACGAUCAGCCAUCUCACGCUCCUUCGCUAAGGCCAGCUCCAAAUACUCCCUGAGACACAGACAGACACAACAGCAGGGCAGAGGAACAUCCCUUCUGUGUGUCCUUGGUUGUGUCAGGUUAUCUUGUGGCGGUUACUUACUUGUCUAGUCGUCUCUCCUCGGCGUCCCUCCUCUGUGCAUUGCCCUGCUGCUGCAGGAUGAACUCGUCGAGCUCCUUCCUCUUUUGGAAGUUGCGCUUGGCCUCCUCGACCACCCGGCGCUCGGCCUCCUCCUUCUCCUGCACCAACUGCUCCUUGAGCCUCCUGCCCUCCUCCUGCUGCUCCUUUGCCGCAUCCUGCUUGCGGAGCUCGGUGAGCUGCAGCUGCUGGCUCAGCACUGCCUUGGUCUCCUCGUUGCGCUUCACCGUCUCCUGGAAGUCGCGGUCCUCUCUGUCCACCUUCUUGUGGUACUCCUGCUGCCUGUUGGGUGGUCGCAUCACAGAAAGGACGGGUACAAUUGAAAUGCGACAAGAGAGGGAAAGAGAGAAACAACAUGUCUGUACCAGAGCGCGUCAUAGACUUUGUCGUCCUCCUUCUCCUUGAGUCUCGCCCGGUUCUUGUGAUUGAUCUGCUCGUCCCUCGUGGCCAGCACGUUGAGCUCGAACAGCUUGCUGUCCUCGGUGCGGAGCUCGUCCUGCGCCUCGCGGAACUGCUGGUACAGCUUGGCGUUGACGAUGCCCUGACGCUCCUGCUCGCGCUUGGCCUUCAAGGCCAGGGCACGAUUGGCCAUCGCCUGGCGACGCUGAUCGGGCGUCUCCUCGCGAUUGCGUAACUCGGCCUCAUACGCCAAACGCUCUGAUUCCUGUAGUGCAACAGACAGGGGUGGGGAAUGGGGUACUAAGGGGUGAAGGGUUAUUUACCAGCAGGUUGAUGAGCCUUUGUUGUCGGUCAACGAGGUUUUGUCUGUGUGUGGCCUGCUUGGCUUUGCUGAGUGACUCUAUGCGCUUGGUUGCGAUGACCCCGUCGCUCUUCUGCUCCCACUCGGCCUUCUGCUGGGCCGUGUUGAGCGAAUGCACAUCCUUGCACAGAGAGAGAUGCCGGUCCUCCUGCUGCCUGCAUGGCAUGGCAAUACAUGUGGGUCAAAUGCGUUAUAAUAGAGAAAGGUGAGCCAGUGUAUGGGGCCUCUCUUUAUGAUCGUUUCUCGUACCUUCUUCUCGAGAUGAGGUAGUCGCUGCGACACUUGGCUGUGAGCAUGACUUACGCUUGCAACAAACCAGCGAUUUGAGCCACCUUGCAAUGUACUACGUGGCGUGUAGUGUCGAAAAACGGAACGAACCGAGGAC